CUCCUGGCAUCGAAGUUCCGCGUUGCCUUGAACCUCUUGACCGACCCUCUGCUGCCUCUCGUGACACCAUUGCCAGCUUCGAGGGUUCCAGCACCAGUUUGGACACGGCAGCCAAUGGCUCCUGGCUUCAGCCCCAAGCAACACGAGCUGUCUGAAUCGGAGACCGCAAAGAUGAGCUGGCCAGAGCUUGACCCAGCUCUGAGCUCACCGCGUCAGGUCACGAAGGCGAGAGGCCAGGGACAGCCGAAGCGUGGUGCAAGACGGAGCUCCAUGAAGAGCAUGAAGAAGGCUUUGGACUUCACUUUCACAGUGGUCUUCACGGGCUACGACCACGAGAAGCAUGCCGAGUUUGAGCUGGUUCCGCGUUUGAUUGGCAAGCGCGGCUGCAACAUGUUGCCUAUACAGAACAUCGGUGCGGCUGCCCGCGUGUGUGGGCGAGGCAGCGGCUACAAGGAAGUCCAUACUGCUGAUGGGCAAACCGUUGAGAAAGACGAGACACUCCAGCUUGCCGUCGCCUGCCGCACGAACGACAUGCAUGACGCAGCCCUUCGUCUCGUCCAGCCUCUUCUCAAUGACCUCUCGCAUCACUUCCGUCGUUUCUGCCGAAAGAAAGGACUCGAGUGCCCCGACCUGUACAUCCUGGCGGCCAAGCAGGCUCCCUGCCUGCCUUGCUUGGACAGCGGCAGCAUCGCCGGAAGGCGUGAGUCGUGCCGCCUGCAGAUGGCAGACAUCGUCGCUGGGCAGGCCCAUUCCGUUCUGCUGCGUGCACCAUGGGUCGGAAUCUCGAGCCUUCGCGCUGGGCUGAGAAGCGAGGGCCAGGAGACAGGCAAAAGUGAGGCCGCUGAUGCUCUGGAUGUGGCUUCGCUCAUCCAGACGCUGACGGCUCAGAAGGCUGAUGCUGACGAAGUUGGCCGUGCGCUCCAAGAGGCCGACUCGACAGACCGACAUUCGAAGGCGCUGUCAAUCCAGACGGAGGCCACCCUUCAAUCCGAAGCUCAAGCAUGGUCUUGCAGUAGCACGGUCCAGAACAUGAGCCGAGGGAUCAACAUUGGAAACGUGUACGAUUUCGACCAGGGUAACCGCGAUCCCGCCGUCGUCAAAGAACAAGUCAAAUGGGCCCACGACGAAGGAUUUCGACACAUUCGCUUGCCUGUGACGUGGGACGGAUAUUUCGAUGCCAACUCCCAGCUCACAAAGCAAGUCACGGAAGUUGUGGACUAUGCCUUGGGCUUGGGCCUCCAUGUGGUUAUCAACACGCACCACGAGCACUGGCUGAAGGAUGGCUACGACGGAUCCCAGCACUACAAGGACCAGUUUUGGAACCUUUGGACUGGCAUCGCAGGCCACUUCGCGUACAAGUCCAGCAGGCUGAGCUUCGAAGUGCUCAACGAGCCGGACAAGGCUUUCGGAAGCUGGAACGGGAAUCCAGAUCCGUACGACCAGAUUGCGAUCGACCGCACGCGGGAGAUUAACGGCUUGGGCUACAGCGCCAUCCGCAGCGUUGAGGGCAAUCAGGACCGCAUGAUCUUCCUGCACCCCAACGCUAUGUCCAGUAUAGGCACUGCCAAAUCAAUUUACCCUUCGAAGUCGGAUCUGCCGGGAGACGGCAAUGAUGCCUGCGUGGGCGUCACCGUGCACACGUAUGAUCCGUAUGAUUUCUGCGGCGAGAAUGGCCGCACCGAGUACUACGCCAACUCCAACGCAAUGAAAAAAGAUUUGAGCUCUAAGUUCAAAGACAUCCGCGAUUGGGCCUUCGACCAACUCGACCCACGGACAUUCGAAGGCAGUGGCAGGGCGUUGGCGGGUCCUGAGCUCGUUCUUCAGAUCCUCUUCUGGUCUGUUGCAGGCACGGUUCAGAACAUGGGCCGAGGGAUCAACCUUGGAAACGUGUACGAUUUCAACCAGGGCAAUCGCGACCCUGCGGUCGUCAAGCGACAAGUCCAGUGGGCUCACGACCAAGGAUUCGGACACGUUCGCGUGCCUGUCACAUGGGACGGACAUUUCGACGCCAACUCCCAGCUCACAAAGCAAGUCACGGAAGUUGUCGACUAUGCCUUGGGCUUGGGCCUCCAUGUGGUUAUCAACACGCACCACGAGCACUGGCUGAAGGAUGGCUACGACGGAUCCCAGCACUACAAGGACCAGUUUUGGAACCUUUGGACUGGCAUCGCAGGCCACUUCGCGUACAAGUCCAGCAGGCUGAGCUUCGAAGUGCUCAACGAGCCGGACAAGGCUUUCGGAAGCUGGAACGGGAAUCCCCAUCCGUACGACCAGCUUGCGAUCGACCGCACCCGGGAGGUGAAUGGCUUGGGCUACGCCGCCAUCCGCAGCGUUGCUGGCAACCAGGACCGCAUGAUCUUCUUGCACCCCAACGCUAUGUCCAGCAUAGGCACCGCCAAAGCGCUGUACCCUUCCAAGUGGAGUCUGCCAGGAGGUGGCAAGGAUGCCUGUGUGGGCGUCACCGUGCACACAUAUGAUCCGUACGACUUCUGCGGCGAGAAUGGCCACUCCAACUACUAUGCCAACCCCAGUGCGAUGAAAAAAGACUUGAUCUUCAAGUUCAAAGACCUCCGCGAUUGGGCAUUCGACUCACAUAUCCCUGUGUAUGUAGGCGAGUACGGUGUUGGCCGCCAGAUGGAUCGACAGUGGGAUCGCAACAACGAAAACGUCCGUGAGUACUACAAGUUUGU